AAGGCAGUGCACGCCCGACUGCCGACACGAGCGGAUGGCGUACGUAGCCGCUCGCGCCACGCUUACCUCGUGAUUUUCCUUCCUGUCAGACACGGUCACCGCCGGUCGUACUUGUGACGAGUCACGCAGUAUUUCAACUACCUUGCGACGGCACGCGGUCGUAAUCAUCAGGUCCAUCGUGACGUCGCGUGUCGCGCAAUCGAGUAGGAGAGAGAGAGAGGGGAAACGAGCGAGACAGAGGAAGAAAUUAAAGAAAACAGGGAGAAGCCGAAAAGUUGUUUUCGAUUCGAUCUCUGCUUCUCUCCGUCGGGUUUCCUUCGUCGUCGUGUUUUGUCAUCGAUGGACACUGUGCACGAUACGCGUACCUACUAACCACGUGUGUGCGCAUGCACGCGUGCACGCAUCCGUCACCCGAAACCCGACGCGCGCAUACACAUACAUAUACAUUAUCGGACCCGCGCGCGGUGACAUACGGGCGCCUUCGAAAAGUCGUGUGCGCGCGUGCAACCCUCCCGGAGCCCGCUGAUGUUGGUUACCAUAGUAGCGCGCGUGGCGAUCAGCUGAUCGUUGGGACUCGAGCGUGUUCGACCGUCGGCAGUCGGCCAGCAGCGGCUCCGUCCACUCGUCGUUCCGUGCGUCGUCUCCGCAUGCGUUUUCGUGAUUAACGAGAAUUUUCCUUCUUUCGCGUAACUCGUUCACUUACCGCGUCCGCGACUCGAUGGCAAGGAAACGAACGAUCACGUGAACGUCAAAGAUCACCAGUGACGUCGUCGGAAAAAUCUCGAAAAAUUAAAGAAAGUUUCUAAAUCGUAUUCACCGUUACCGAUCGUCGUAUUCUGCACUACCGAUGCUGGAAGGGUACAUCGACAUCUUCGCUGCUGUUGUAACUUGUCGUGCAGAAGUUCGGACGAAGGGAUUAAGCAUGAUUUGGAAUACAUUAUCCGGAUGAUCCGUGACAUGUCGAUAACAAAUCGAGAAAAAAGCGUGUUGCACUUUCGUCGAUGAACGUACCAGUAAGUUUGAGACUCGUAAUCGCUCUUGGCUGUUAAGAUCUUAUUGUGAUUUACGUCACACGUAUUAAAUUUAAUCGUCCGGAAACGAAACUCAAGAGAGGAAUCUGUCCAGCGACUGUGAAUUCGAGAAUUCCUUACCAUAUAUUCUUCAACCGAUCGUUGCAAAACAUCACGUUCGACGUAGAGAAGCAUUUCUGUUACUAUCGAUUGUUCGUCGCUUCUUCGUGAUCGAACGUUUCUAACCUAAGUUCGGACGCGAGUUUAUUGAAUACAAAAUAAGCGUACUUGGUAGUAGUCACAGUUUCAAAAUACGUCAGAAACACAUGCACACACUGUUUUUUGGAACAACAACCGUAUUUACGUUAUGUUCGCGAUAGCAUCGUCAGGUGGUUUCACAAACGUGACUGAUCCUUGGCGACCAUCGACAACACGCUACAAAACGUACGAAAUGAAAUUACGAGAAAACGAUCACUCACUGAAAUAAAUAUCUCUGCGGGAACUACCGAGAACGGACACUCGUCUUUCGACACACAGGUUAAUUUUAAAACGGCAAGAAAUUGGACUAUUCAAACCAAGCCGGUACCGUAUCCUAUUCGUAAAGACGAAAUGCAAAUGUGACAGUUCGACUGAUCGGAAGGUGUCGUUGCAGUGAGUCUUAAAAGAUAUCAAUAUAUCGAUAUCGUUUCGUGUCACAGAGUGAUCGCAAUGGGCGAUGGUCGUAGAAUUUUUGUGACUGUGAAGAAAAGUAUGAACUCGUGAAGAAUAUGAAUGUCUACUGUGUCUGCAUGAACACGCUUUGACAAUCAUUUGUGCCUGCGACGGACGACUCGACCGCAUUAAUCGAUUAAUAAACUCGUCGUGAACGCGUAAAGUGACUGUCUUUAUCGAACUUUCGUCUGAAGUGAUUUUUUUUCUGUGCGGUGCCUGCGACUAUAGCUCAUACAUCCCAACUGCAAUGAUGUCAGUUCGGGGUAUUUUCUCGUGCACGCGGAAACACUGUGAUAGCCGAUGCCAGCAACGCCAUUACUCGGAUUAAGUCAAGUGUGAGGAGAACGUGGUUCCUGGAAUCAUCUCAAUAGAAAGCUUUGGUGACGUACGCCGAACGGGCCAGUAUUCAUGCCAGUAUGCCAAUCAAAUGCCAGUAGAGAGCCAGUAUCUGUAUCUGUCGCUACCAAUAGCCAAUUAAUAAGUUACUUAGAUAGUUAAAUUAAUAGGCAAUACAUCACCUUUUGGAUAAUCGUUUACUAGAUAACGUCGUUUACAGACGUAGCUGUUAUACAUAUUAUAACUAAUCGAGGAGCAAUAAGGAUCGAGUAGCGAGCAAUUAUUUUCUCAUCGUAACUUUAUCUGCGAUCGCAAUUCUUUUCCGCAGGUUUAUCGGUAGCUUUUUUUUUUCUUUUGUUAAAAAUCACCGGUGACCACGUGUUUACGAAAAGAAUAUAUUUAUAAAUCGAACAGUGAGAUCGAGUUGUGAUUAUCGAAGUGAACUGACCGAUCGAUUUCUCGGCUGUGAAGUGAAUUAAUACCCCAGGAAAACGAUCGAAACGGAGAAAGGAAGUGCACAGCGUACACGGGCGAGUAAACGCUGGAAACGCUGACUUACUUCGAGAGCGCCAACCUGCAAUCAAGGUUCAUGGUUUUCAUGGAUGAGAGCGAGCUCUCGAGCAAGCGGUGGGCCAGUGCGCCCCGCCGCCCGGACAGCCCCUGCGUCCUGGGGGCACCAACGUCUAGGGAGGCGGCGGGACCGCCGGUGCAGCUGGAACCAGUGGACCUGUCCGUGAAAACUCCUGUGGUGUUGCAGGUGCCUCGGUACAGUCCAGCGGCUAUAAUUACCGCCGCGGCUAGAAGAAUCCCUUCACCUUCGACGACGCCCACGCCACCGCCGCUCUCCAUAUCUACCGUGACACCGCCACUGCCGGCAAUAGGAGAAUCAGCGUGGGAGAGAGAUCACGAGCGAGCUCGGGAAAGACACCGGGAACGAGAGCACGAGAGGGUGAACGAGAGGAGUACGGAAAACGAACGUAGGGAACGGCAGCAGGAAAGAGAAUCAGGGAUCAGGGAAAGGGAGCCACGGGAUCGAGAAAAGGAACGAGAUCGCGACAGGGAGAGACAGAGGGACAGAGAAAGGGACAGAGACGUGUCGGUCUGCAUGAUGGAACCGCUCGAUCCUGUCUUUGUAUCCUCCUCGGCGGCCCUCCUCGCGUUGCAGAGGAUAAAGGAAACGUCACUGGUCUUUCACAAGCGUCCCGCACUGGCUACAGGAAUAGGGAUCGGCAGUAGAGGCAACGCUGGCGUCGGUGGAAAUGGCGGAAGUUUAGGGGUGGACAGCGAAUGCGGCGACGCGUUGAAGAGACGCAAAGUUCACAGAUGCGACGUGGCCGGCUGCGACAAAGUGUACACGAAGAGCUCCCACCUAAAGGCUCACAAGAGAACUCACACCGGUGAAAAACCGUACCAGUGCACAUGGGAGGGCUGUACGUGGAAAUUCGCGCGUUCCGACGAAUUGACGCGGCACUAUCGCAAGCACACGGGUCAGAAACCGUUCAAGUGCCAUCUUUGUCAGCGAUCGUUCUCGCGGAGCGAUCAUCUGUCGCUUCACAUGAAAAGGCAUUGAUAAAGAGGGCCGUCUAGCCGAUAGGGAGGGAGACGAGGAAGAAGAAGAAGCGAAAGGGGAUGAAAAAUCACUGUUGUUCCGGGAAAUCGGGACUAAAACGGUGAUCGUAGACGAAGACGAUGAUUCUUUUUUAUAUUCGGGACCUGAAAAGCCUCAUCUCGACUCUCGGAUCGUCUCGAUCGAACGGGAGUCGGAGGCGGAAACUAGGAGAAAAAGAAACGAAGAAACAAACAAAUCGUUCAUUAGGUUUAGAGGUCUAACGAAAGUGUCUCUAUAAUUAUUGGUGGAUGAUCGUGCGAACCUGCCAGCAGUCGCGAUGUACGAAUCGUUGAAAAAUGUAUUUUUGUUUUCUUUGUUGCAUAGAUUCUAUUAAAAGUCGAUCUAUCGUGAAAUCUGUUGAACGGAGUUAGGGCAUAAGAGUUGUUGAUAUUUGAAAUUUUUCUGUGAAAAUUUAUUUAUUCUGUCGUCGAAUCGACAUUUCUUGUAAUAAGCGCGUUCGAGGCGGACAUUUGAAAAGCUGAGCUUCGAGGAAGUCUGCACGAGCAACUGCUGGCAGGUUCGACGUGACCAGCACGCGACAUCGCGUAAUUUCUGUUUUUAAUUCUAGCCAAUUUUUACUCGUUCGUAUUUCCAGUUUGUUUUCUCUCUCUCUUUUUUUUUGUACGAUUAAAUAAGGCCAGCUCAACUAGUCUAGAGCAUCAUGUAUCGUCUAUUGCGAAGAAUAGAGCCAGUAAAGGGGAAAGAAGUAAUAUCGUUAAGGUAAUUAAAUGGUUAAAUAAGUAAAGAGAAUAUCGAACUCCGGUGACGGAGCUUGGGACUUAGCAUGCUCAGUUAAAUAAACUACAAUCGUGAUCGUGAACAUUUUGUAAAGCAUUGAAUAGCGAUUUUUCGAGAUUAUGCACAAAGAAUUUCGCGUUUAGGGACGGACAAUCAUUAACAACGUUCUCAUUGUCAACGGAAACAAGGGAAUCAGACGCUCUAAAAGCCAGUAUUACGUGUCCAUUAAGCAAUACGUUAAUGUGUAUACCGUCGACGGCAUUUUACGAUGCUUUCUUCGAAAGUCUUUGUGUUUUCUUUUUUAGUCGCGAACAAUUCUUCGAUCGUACCGUCCGAUCGGUGCGCUCUUUUGUCCACAACAAGGUGCCAAAGUAGAAGGUGCAAAUGUACGGGAUUGUCCAUCGAUACAUUGCGCUCAAACGUGGAAAGAUGAAAGUAGAUCGAAGAAUUAUUUUUUUAAACGCUUUUGCAUCGCGUUCGUCGAACGUUACAGACUUGAUUCGUGCACAUUUUAUUUUGGCAUCUGCAACGAAACGGUAGCUCAAGGUACGCUCGAAAAGCGAACGAGAAAUUUCUUUAAAACGCAAGAACGUACGCCUACGUUCCUCGUGGUUUCGAAACUGUAAAUAGAAGAGUCUUAUCAGGGUUCGAUUAUCAUUGACGCAUCGUGUCGGCUAUUCAAUUAUCGUCAAACUAAGUUAGAUGAAACGCGGCUCCGAAAGCGACGGUAUAAAAUGCGAAUUCUAUAUAUCGAGACAUAUCGAAAUCGAACGAAGACAUCGACUCUGGUGCGUUAAAGAGCGAAACGAGGCUGGAGGCCGCGCGAUGCAUUCCUUGAUGCUACUACGGCCGGAUCAAAGUCAACUGAACGCUCAAGACAAUUUCUCUAUUUUGUUUCGUAGAGAAAUCUCUAUUCGAAAUGACGAUGAUUGAAUAAUGACGCGAUGGGGCGAUUUGGAGACGAUCCAUCGGUGUCCUUGAGCGAGCAACUGAUUUUGCGUCGACCUUACUCGCGGGGAAAACUGAACAGGUAAUGGAAAUUUAUAAAAAAAUUGGACAUCACUGCUUCAUUUUUCCUCGAGACGACUCGAACGAAGCGUUUCUCGCAACCUUGGCCGAACGUAUCGCAGGAAAGUCGAGUACGCUAAUCGCGUCGCGAUGUAUUGUAAAUAAUUUAGAAACCUUGAGAAGUACGACGUUUCCGUAUACAGCACGUGUAUAGCAUCCCCUCACCCCGUUUUCUUCGAACCUGUAUUUUCGCCGCUAAGUAACGCGACUAACGGUAGCCGCAAAGAGCAGAAACUAUUUCGAAGCUAGUUAAAACGAUGGAACAAGAUGCCAGUAUAUGCUAGAGCCAGUUUAUAUCAUUAAAGAGAAACCUCUACGUGUAAGAUUAAUGCGAAGAUUGAUAAAUUAAUAUUUGUUACGUGUUGUAUUUUCAUAGGGAAUAGUGCCUUUUAAUGUUAAGAGAGAGGACGCUGCGUUAGGCCUUAAGUAUACUGCUAGUGCCUUAAGUCACGCGAAUCUUCGUGCUUGUGCACAUUUCAUAACGCGACCCCUUCGAAUCCUCGUCCAGGAGGACCAAUGAGAUAUAUCCAACCGUUGCUAUAUUCGGUCGAGAGCCAUGGUUACGCUUCGGUCUGGUCGAAAACAAAUGUACCCUUUCGCUUACUUUUCUCCGUCGAAUUUCAUUUAUCGAGAACCGCGGUUACACGAUGAUUCCACUUGAAAAAAUUGCCGUUUCUGUUCCACCUCGAGUUCUACAGCUGCGCGAUGUUGAUCCAAACCGAUCAUUCGAUCGUCGUAGUCUCCGAGCGAUACGCGUCGAAAUCUCGAAAGGACCGACCGCGCCUCCGGGGAUGUAUGAAUAAUUUUCGUACGAUCGUCACUGUGAAAUUCAAUCCGAAAAUGUACGAGGUGCCACCCAGGAUGCCAUUCUACGAUCUUGAUGACUGAUACCGUUGUACCUUAGGGAAUUUCUUCAGCGGGGCAGCCGUCAGUAAUCUGAGCACGGCGCGGGCGAUGAGAAAUGUAUACUGACGUCAUGCCGACACCCUCUUUGAUUAUUAUCAUUUUUUCCCCCGAGAGCUCGCGCCGGAUCGUGAACAUCUCGAAGCUACGGCAUUGCCUCUCCGUCGAGACGAUUCCUAAUUGUCGACGCGGCGAUGAAACGAAACCGUGACUAGUUGUCUUCUCUGCUUCGAAUAACUGCAACCAGUGUGAACACCUCGUCGUAGAAUUUCGUUUUGGGCCGAACUGACUGGAUUUCUGUCGACCUCGAUCAGACAAGACGGCCGAAGACUUAAAUAUACGCGAAUAGUACGCGGUCUAGGGGGCACGGACGUAACAAUUUAUCGUACGACAACGGCUGUACAAUAAUUGUUGGAACAAUUGGUAUCACCGAUAGUUGUAUAGCUCGAGAAACUCGAUAAGAUCCCUGAAGGAGUGGCUCGAGUAGCAAUGGUAAGGACGAGGCCAGGUAUCGGGAGUACUAUUUAAAAGAAACACGAUUGCGGACAGCAGAAAGGGAUCUUAUUUAACUUGUCGAGUUAUACAAAUUAUUCGCGGAGCGCUCACGUUUAUGGUCCCUAUUACGCCGAUCGCCAUCCUCGACCCGAGAAGUUUCAUCGUUCGAUUCCAACUACAUUCCAAACUCCGUAAUGGCCGCGCGACUGUCGUUAAAUUAUCGUGAAAUCGUUGUUACCGAAGGCGAACCCGGAAAAUGGAGAAUUUCCCGGGAACAAGCACGGCUACGACCUCUCCAUCGACGGUUCUCAAGGCUAACGACGAACGGAACAUUCCUCGUGCACAGACAUUCCUUGGCCGCGACGAGAAGAAGAGAUUCGUGAAAAGUUGACGCGCGCAACGGCUAUUUGUGUUCCAUGUUAAUGCGAGCCUAUUCAAUUUCCCGUAGAAGGCAAACCAUCAAUGGACUGGGAAACAGGCAACGGAGCUCUAUACCGAACGCGACCGAUUUUCUACGAAGGCCCCACCUAGGGAAAUUAGCAUUUCAAGUGCCUUAACAGACGACAACUGACAACCAACUAAUCGAGGCUUCGCAUUUGGAUCGAAAUCACCUUCCGCGAACGAGCGGUGCACGCUCGCGACUGGCGAGAAUUUAGUAGUCGGCACACUUUGGAUUAAAAUCGGGCCGGGGGAGGGGGGCAAAUAGGUUAGCGCGUUAUUUGCGCUCGCGGUAAUCGACGUCGGAACACGCGAUACAUUUCCUUUCGUUGCUCCUGGAAAAUUUCGUUGUUCUUCGACUUCUAUGAACCCGUUUGGUACCAAAUUGUUGUUUUUUCAAGAUUUAUAUUUAUUUUCGAAAAUACUUUGUUAAGCAGAAACUUUUGUUUAAGGUCACAACGUGUCCUGUAAGUAAGAACGUACGGUGGAAAGCGACUCUUUAACUCUUUGUGGCACAGGAUUUCAGAAAUUUUAUUCCGUUUUAAAUUAAAUAAAAUUGGUAUAUUUGUAUUAAUAAAGGUAUCACAUAAUGUAGAAACAUAAAGAACAUAAAAAAAGAUUGUCGCAAUAAACCUUCCGCUUACAACAAUUGAUGAACCUACAUUAGCAUAUUGAAUGUUGCCAACACAAGUGAAUACAUUUGUAACAUUUGUUGAAGAUAGUACCAAUUGUUUUACGUAAAUAAGACGAAAAAUAAACCUAUGCGCAUGCAGCUAUUGCAAUAUUUCGAGGUGAGACUAAAAAUGUCCCACCAUCCAUUGCGGUGCAUAAAAAAAAUGGAACACUUUUAAUCCCAGCGUGCCCCAAAGAGUUAAACAAUUUUAGCGAGGAAUUGUAAUAAUGAAUUAAUAUUAUUAAUUAAAGUCUGAGAGUAUUCGAGUCUAAAAAACCAAGUAAAUUAUUGUUGAAUAUAACGUUUCUUUUAUUCGUAAUAUAUUGUAAAAAUGUUACGCUUUAUUUGGGUCUCGACUACCAAUUUUUUUGAGUGUCCUCUGAAGAAGAUACUGGUACAUAAUGAGUUUAAUAAACGCUUCCUCUUUUUUCAAUGGAACAAACAACCGAUGGAAAUGUAUAAAAAUGACUAAAAAAGACGUAAAGAGCGUGUACGUCUUUAAAAGUUGCAGUCCCACAACUUCGAUCGUUUUAAUCACUGUUGCUCGAUCGUUUGAUGGGUAUCGACGUACCUGAAUUCGUUGUAAAGAUUCUCGAUUUCUCAUUCUCGUGCGCUUACACGGCUGUCGAAAAAGAAUUCCACGGAAGCGUAUUCAUAAUUUUAGGGAAACAUUAGAGAAACUUUUACGGCUGUAUGAAAGCGAACCUUCAAAAAGAAGUAUUUAGAAAAAAAAAGAAAAAUCAACAAAAAAAAAGUGAAUGAAUAAACGCGAUGUAUCGAGCUUUUCGAAGACGAAGCUGACAGAUCAGUCCGUCGGAGUAGCGAUAAUUUUCCAUUCUUCGUUUCAAGGGCCAGUAAAGAUACACACACAGACACGCACACACGCAUACACACAUGCAUCAGUCACUCACAGGCAUACCUUAUCAAGCAACUGCAAUAAAUUGCGUCUUUAAUCUGCGAUCAUGCGCGGUGCUCAAUCUUUCUUGGUGCUUUCGUACGUUGAAUUUCGAUGUGCGUAGAUAUACAUCAACGUGGACAAUAUGAGGAGAUCGGUUCUUAAAGAUCCAUUACGCAGAAGCGCAGAAAUGCAUCGCUGCAGAAGGUGUGCGCGCGUUUGCGUCCAACGAGAUAUAAGGCUACACGGAAGACGAGAUAAAACGUUCAAUAAAAUUCACUUAAUUCGGAAAGCAAAAAAACUUUACGUCGGUUUUCUCAUUCGCCGACGUUCCAGGACCAAUCGUAAAUUUAUUUCCUAGGCGAUAAUUACCGCGUAUCAACGAUCGACCGAUUCCUUUCGUCCAGUUUGCACCGUUUCGAAGCAACAAUUGCAUAUUUCGUGUGGUCCAAUGUCUCAGGUGGCGGAAACCAACGCGACUAGUGAUUCUUGACUCCGAGACAGAAAUUCUCGUAAUGACACUAAACGGAACUACUAGGUCGUAAGGUAGACACUUAGCCAAGUAAUGAACUACUGUAAAUAGUAUGUAAAGGUAAAUUCCGUUGAUCAUCGUCGGUGAGACGAUCCGCGCGGAUCAACGUAGCAUAAUUCUUUCGCAAUAAUGUAAUCAAUGGGGGCCAGUAAUUCUCUCUCGGAUCUCGCACGGAUUUAGACACUGCGAGGCGCGUGGCGUGCCCUUGGUGCUGAAUUUCGGCAUGGGUUCGUCCUCGUGGUGCGUCGCGUUGUUCUUUUCACGCGCGAAAAGAGCGCCGCUUCGCACGGAAGGGUUUUCAGGUUCCUAGAGCAGAGCACGAACUGCGUCGAACGAGAACACGGAGAAUUCGGUGUUUUUUUUCUGAUCGGCGUGUUUUGGUUGGACGCGGUAGGCGCGCGAACGAACGUUCAAACCGUGGACAUCAACCGUCGCCGAAGUUCAGAAGAAAAGGACGAAUUAUAAAGUCGCGCGCCACUAACUAUUACUUUUUAAGGAUAAACUGUAUAUGUCGCGUAGGUUUUUUGCGUAGGAUCGAUAAUAAUAUAUUGUUAUGACUCACUGUAUAAACGAAGGCAUUACUAUAAAAAACUUUGUACUUUCUAAUUACUUUAACCGCGUCGCUUGAGGACGGUGUCGCCAUUCGUAUCGCGCGCACGUCGCCAAGGGAGGUUCGUUAGUGCAUUAAAAGAAAAAAAAAUAUAUAUAAAUAAAAAAUCUAUAUAUAUAUACAUACAUAUAUAUGUAUAUUGUAAAUGUGGUUGUAAUCUUAUUACUGUUAUAUCGAUAUAUCGAUGUCCUUGAUUUGGAUAAUUUAUUUAUUGCGAUCGAACGAAAACGGAGAGCGUGUAAUUAUUGUAUCCCGCGGAACAUGUGGAAAAGAAUUAAGGGCGAUAGCGAAUUAUAUUACGAAAUGCGCACGAAAUUAUAUAUUUAUACACGUUAUAGGCGCGAGGACGCGUCUCGGAGACGGGCGUUCCGACGCCGCGAUGAAAGUCCUACAGAGAAAAAAAAAUGACGUUUUGCGACGGCAGGGCUCAGCGCAUAUUUAAUAUUGUACUUUGCGAAUUCCUACUGUGGAAGUAAAAAUUAUUAUUGUAUCGUAAAGGGCGAUCCGCGUCCCGAUUGUCGUUAAUAAAAUUAUAUCGUCGAGUCGCGGCGAUGCGCGCACGGUGCGUCACGUUCGUCCUGUGUGGUACAACAACUCGCCUGUCGAUAAUCUUAUUAUCGAAAUGAUGGUUACAUAUUUUAGAUAAUACUAUUAUCAUUAUCAUUAUUAUGAUUCUUAUUAUAAUUGCUACUAUUACUAUUAUUAUUGUAUUUGGCAGGGUUACGACAUUAAAAUCGUAAAAACAAAUACGUUCACGCAUUUCGUUCGCGUCCUAACUCCGCUCCUUGCGCUCCUUAAAAGGGUAUAAAAAUCUGAAAUUCGAACAAUUUCUUUCCCAUGAAUUUUUU